CUCAUCAACCUUACCGGGCAACGUGGUAGUUUCAUGGGUGUUUAUUUCUUACAAGAACACCUCAAUCGUCUCCUCCAGGCCACUAUGGAAUGCAAAGGCAUGGAUUAUGGCGAGUGCUACAUCCGAACAGUCAUUGCAAAGAAUUUGCAUCACUUCGUCCGAGUAAAGAUGCGGUUUGGAAGAGAUGGACUUGAUCUUUCUGCACGCAGUGGACGCUACACUGCCCUUCAUCUCCGCAUAGAACUUCGUUAG